CAAAUCAAAUAUAUCAAAUCACUUUCUCUUUUUUCAUAUCGGGGUGAAUUGGCGAUGAAAACGGCCAGUCGUGAAUUUGAAAGAAUUAAGUGAAGUUGAAGUUUACGAAGCAAGGAAAUGCUAAUGAAGACACUUCUUAUAUUUUUUCAAAUUUUUGUUUUCAACCAUGCACAGGACGAUUUUUUUAAAGGCAGUACAAUUUAUGACGACUUACUGAGAGCUGGUUUGAUUUACCGGAACCAAUUUUCAUUACCAAAAAAUCAAAUACAUCAAAUAUCACCGAAUGAAAUCAAUUUAAAAGCAAAAUUUGGAAAUAACGAAUGCGGUAUAGUGCCGGAAACUUGCCCAAAAUCCAUUUACCGCUCUUACGAUGGUUCCUGCAACAAUUUAAAGCACCCAUCUUGGGGCACACCCAACACCCCCUACAACAGAUUACUGCCGGCGAAUUACGCAGAUGGAAUUAAGGAGCCUCCGUUAUCAAAAAGCGGAAAACCCCUGCCGUUAGCUCGAUCCAUCAGCCUGCUUUUAUAUCCAAACAUCCCCAAUGAGGACCACGUUUUUACUUUAAACGUGAUGCAAUUCGGACAAAUAGUCACGCACGAUUUAAGCAUGACUGCGGGAAGUACUCAAACGCAAUAUUACAAGGACUCAUGCUGUUCAGCCGACGGGCAGCUUUUGGACCCAUCUACUAUCCCAGCUUUCUGCUACCCAAUGAUCAUUCCUCCCAACGAUCCUGCACACGCCAACGACAACACCAGGUGCAUGAGCUUCGACAGGACUGUUACUAAUAAGGACAGACAGUGCGUUAGUGAACGCCACACAGCCGAGCAACUGACCUCCGUGAACCAUUACCUGGACUUGUCUUUCGUGUAUGGCAAUGAUGAUGAAACGAACCGCAAAUUGAGGGAGUUCCAGCACGGCAGGUUGCGCGCUGAUAUCAGAAACGGGUACCAGUGGCUCCCCAGAGCAACGAACGCGUCCGGUACCUGCAGGCUCAUUAACCCAAAUGACGCUUGCUAUGUAGCAGGAGAUACGAGAUUAAAUCAGAACCCUCAGCUGGCGAUACUUCAUACUGUUUUUCUGCGGGAACACAACAGAAUAGCCCACUUUCUGUCCCAUCUUAAUCCCCAUUGGGACGAUGAAUUGGUGUUUCAGGAAUCGCGCAAAAUUAACAUAGCGCAGUACCAGCAGAUUACUUGCUACGAAUGGUUGCCGUAUAUUAUUGGCGAGGAAAACGCUUAUAAAGCCAGGAUCUUGUGGAAAACCGAUGGAUUUAUUGACGAUUACGACGAAAAUGUGGACGCUACUGUUUUGAACGAACAUUCCACGGCAGCUCUAAGGCACUUCCACAGUUUAGUAAGAGGGCAAUUGCAUUUGAUUAAAGAAAGCAGGUACUCCGAAGGUACCGUGAGAUUCUCCGACGUGCUGGGGAGACCUCAAAUAAUCGAGGAACACCAAGGAUUCGAUCAUUUAAUGCGAGGUUUGACCACUCAGCCGCAGUCCGCGUCUGAUCAAUUCCACACCAGCGAGAUCACUCAAUUUUUGUUCAGAAGCGACAACGAAACGUUCGGCGUGGAUUUAAAGGCCUUCGAUGUCCAAAGAAGCAGAGAUCACGGAUUGGCUUCGUACAACGAUUACAGAGAGUUGUGGAAAAUUCCAAGGGCUAGAAAGUUCGAGGAUUUCUUGGAUUUCAUUAGUUAUGAGAACGUAGACAGGCUCGCUCGGCUGUAUGAGCAUCCGGACGACGUGGACCUAACGGUAGGGGGAUCGUUGGAGACCAAUCUUCCCGGGGCCUUGGUGGGCCCCACUUUCCUGGGCAUCAUCGCGGAAUCGUUCUAUCGCACGAGAGUCGGCGACAGGUUCUGGUUCGAAAACGGCGGCCCGAGCAAUUUCAACCCGGACCAACUGCGAGAAAUUCGAAAGGCCCGCAUGGCGAAGCUGCUCUGCGAUAACGCGAAUGCUAUUCGAACCAUGCAGCUCAAAGGAUUCGAGAAGCUGUCGUCCAGUAAUCCGCUUAUUCCUUGUCAGUCGCUUCCUUCGAUAGAUUUGUCCUUGUGGAAAGAGGAUCGAGGCAACGAUCCGGUGGAAUACGUUUCUUUGAUACAAAAAGUGUUCGAUUUUAAAUAGACUAAGAACUUCAUUCGACAGGC